AUGGUAGACGAGAUUAAGAAGGCCCACCAGGAAGACGCGGAUAACCCAGAUGCUCCGCAGUACGACAUCAAGGUCGUUAUCUACGCCGACGACCUGUGCGUCGGAGUCAAGAGCGACAGCAUCGAUGGACUGGUGUACGGCAUUACGAGGGCAAGGCAGGCUGCGAAGGCAUGGUCAGAAAGGGAAGGCUUCAGCCUGGCGGAGGCCAAGGAAGAGCUCUGGGUGGGCGGAGGGGACCUCACGAGAUCCCUUAUCGGCGACCGAUUGCCUGAACUGCGAGGAAAGAUGAAGGAGGAG